CUUGCAUACGAUCGGAUAUCAUCGAAUAUUGAGUGCUUGUAAUAUAUCAAUUUAUAUUGCAUUAAUCAUACGCAUUAAAAUCUAUAUGUUACGUCGGUAAAUUUGUAACUCUUACAGAAAAAUCAAACGUUCUAAAAAUAAACUAUUCAUUGCAUUUUGUUUGCAAAAAAAAGAAAACAAACCAUAACUUUUGAUAAUGUCGGUUCGACCCGCAUCUCCUAAAGUCUUACUGGACAUUAGCUACAAGCCUUUGCCCAAUAUAAUGGAUUUACAACACAAUGUCAUUAAGCUGAUUCAGGUUGACCAACAAUCUUAUAUGCAUUCAAUUCAUAACGUAGAUCCUCAGAAUGUAUACGUCCAUACCCAGUCUCAUCAAUAUCACCACCAGAAUCAACAAAUGCCUCACAUGAACGGGCGUCAAAAUAUGUCAAACUCCAGCGAUUACCUUUGCUACGGAGUAAAUGAUCAAGAUGAAACGGAUUACAAUAUUCCUAGUAGUGAAAUUUUAAGUACUAGCAGCAACAGUGCCAGUUCUCCCCCUAAUAGCCACAAUAUUGGCUCACCGGCAGCAAUGUGUGUCAAUGGUCUGACAAAGAAACUGCAUAGCAAUGGCUUUACCGAUCUGGAUAGCCAACAGUAUCAAAUAAAUGAGAAUGGCAAACGGAGUCGUGAUUUCGAUUGCGUAUCCAACGACGUAAUGCAGGAUAAUAAGAAGAUACACAUACCGUCGCUACACUCCAGCCAGAACAACAUGCCUCAUUUUGUCCAUCAACAAGAUCAAAAGUUGUUUGUGGAAUAUUUGCCGACAACAGUAAACGAAGUCAACACAUCGAACAAUGUCCCGUCAAAUACAAAUCAACAAAACUGUAUGUCGUCGCCACAAUUCGAUUUUGCUGAUGAAGAGAUGGGUGACAACAGCGAGGAGGACAAUUUUAAAUAUAUUUUCCAUCAACAACAGCAUCAACAAAAUACCACCACACCCUCACUAAUUCUCCAACAUAAUAAUGGAGCUCUACAUUCCAGUAAUUUAGCAGGUGGCUUUGAUCAAAUGGAACAAGCAGGCUCCUUGAAUGGCAGCACUUAUUCGAGUUCAGAUCGUGACGAAAUGGAAUAUACUCGCCAAUCACUACCUUCCACCAGCAGCUAUUUGUUUCCUAACGAAGAUGAACUCAGUGCCGGCGGCGGUGAGAGCAACGAACAUUCCAAAGAGUUCCGUAAGCCCCGUCGGCGAACAAAGCGUAAAUCCAGUAAGACUGAAGAAGUAGAAGAAUUUCACAGCCAGCGCAUAAUGGCCAAUGUGCGAGAGCGCCAAAGAACUCAAAGUUUAAACGAUGCCUUUAAAUCGUUGCAACAAAUAAUUCCCACCCUACCAAGUGAUAAGCUGAGCAAAAUUCAAACCUUAAAAUUAGCCACCAGAUACAUUGACUUCCUGUGUCGCGUGCUAUCGACGAGCGAAAUUGGUUUACUUAAGGCUCUUGAUGCGAACGGAGCACAAGGCAACGGCUAUGCAAUGGGGGCCGCAUCCAUUCUCAACGAUGCCGAAGCCGACUUAAAAAGUCUAAGAAGAGCAGCCGGAGCACCCGUCAUUCCACCAGAGAAACUAAGUUAUCUCUUUGGGGUUUGGCGAAUGGAAGGCGAUGCUCAGAACAGUAAAUCCUAGAAGUUCAAACUAUAUUUAAGUCUUCAGUCAGCCGUCUCAAAAACAUAAGUACUUCCACAAAUUGUAAUGCAUCUCUCUGUGUUGCAAUAUGCAACACUUGUUAUACUUUCCAUUUAGUAUUAAAACAAUUUAAUUUAGUCUUUAGAUCUAAGUCCCACAACACCCCACCCCAUCCCUUUAAUUUCAAAAACAAAGUCCUUAUUAUACAUAGAAAUAUAAGUAUGUAUGUACUACAUGUAAUAAUUUAAAUUCUAAACUUAAGUAUUUUUUUUUAUUUUAUAUGUCAAAUUCGUAAUCUUAUGUAUUUUAUUUACUACAUAUGUACACUUUGUAUGUCCUCUACUCAUAUCGAGUGUGCCACAAGGAAAUCAUCAUCAUUCAUUCGUUCCAAUUGUAAACGAUUAAAACAAAACAAAAACAACAAAAAAAAUUAAACAAAAUAAAUUGAAAAGAAAUCUAAAGAAUCAA